AUGAGGCUACGCGCCGCCCCUUUGCUUGGAUUACUCGUUGCUAACGGGGUGGGCUCGGUUGUGCUCGCUAGUCAUGCUAGCGUUACAUCGGAGGCUACUCGGAUUGACCUUAUGCUCGCUGCUCGGACGGAUAAGGGUAAGGUAGUUGAGGAAGGUCCUUCCAUUUUGGAGCUUUGCUCGAGGCGGGAUGACCACAUGGCUACUGCCGGUGCACUAUUAAUAAGCCUCGAUGGCCCGGCCGAGCCUAAGGAUAGGGAGGCGGGCCUUCAUCGCCGAGAUGGCUUGCGAGGCUCAACACCGGUUGAAGAGGAUUCGGGUGCCAAUGCGGUGGCUCGGUCGGAUUUGGCGGUUUCGGUUCGUCCGUAA